AUGAAGAUUUUCAUUCUCUUUAGCAUCAUCACACUCGCAUGUGGUUUCCUUGUUUCAAAUGCUAAAUCUUUACCGUAUGAAGCUAUUUUCAACUUUGGCGACUCUAUAAGUGAUACCGGAAAUGCUGCUUCUCUCCACAAAUCUCCUCCUGGCGAUGACAAUGGCAAGAAUCCUUAUGGCUCAACCUACUUCAAACAUCCAAGCGGACGCAUGUCAGAUGGGCGACUCAUCAUUGAUUUCAUUGCUAAGGCAUAUGGGUUGCCAUUUUUGCCAGCCUAUUUGAAUCUCACCGAAGGCCAAAACUUCACGCAAGGAGUAAAUUUUGCAUAUGUUGGUGCAACUGCACUUGAUAUGGAAUAUUUCAUACGAAAAGGAAUCAAUUCAGUGACGCCAGAUGAAAAAUCGUUGAGCGUUCAACUUGAUUGGUUUAAGAAGCUCAAACCCUCUUUCUGUAAAACCAAAGAAGAGUGUGAUAACUGCUUCAAGAGAUCAUUGUUUCUGGUUGGAGAGAUUGGUGGGAAUGAUGUUAUCGCGCAUAUGGUGGCAAAUAAAAACAUUCCACAACUCCGAGAAAUAGUUCCCCUGAUUGUUGAAGCAAUUACCAAUACCACCACUGCAUUAAUAGAAGAAGGAGCUGUAGAGCUAGUGGUACCAGGGAACUUCCCCAUUGGGUGCAAUUCUGCAGUUUUGACGGUGAAGAAGAGUGAUAACAAGGACGACCAUGACGAAUUUGGGUGCUUGAAAUCUUACAAUACCUUGGCUCAGUACUAUAAUGAGCAGCUCAAACAGGCCAUAGAGACACUAAGGAAGAAAAAUCCUCAAGCAAAGAUAAUAUAUUUCGACUACUUCAAUGAUGCCAAACGUUUAUUUCAAGCACCACAUCAAUAUGGCUUUUCUGCUGAUAAGAAUGAGACUUUCAAAGCAUGUUGUGGAGCAGGUGGACCUUUCAAUUUCCUUCCAAACAUAAAUUGUGGAGAGCCUCGCUCAACCGUUUGCUCUGAACCUUCGAAUCGUAUAAACUGGGAUGGACUCCACUAUACCGAAGCUGCUUAUAGGCAAAUAGCAAAGGGACUACUUGAGGGACCUUUUGCAUAUCCUCCUCUUAAAUCCCCUCCUUUUAAGAUUGCUUAG